AUGGCCGCGCGCUGGAGCAGCGAGAAUGUGGUGGUGGAGUUCCGGGACUCGCAGGCAACAGCAAUGUCAGUAGACUGUCUUGGGCAGCAUGCAGUACUUUCUGGGCGCCGCUUCCUCUACAUUGUUAACCUGGAUGCACCCGCCGACGGCCAUCGCAAGAUUUCCCGCCAGAGCAAGUGGGACAUUGGGGCCGUGCAGUGGAAUCCCCACGAGAGCCACGCCUAUUACUUUGCGGCAUCGAGCAACCAACGGGUGGACCUGUAUAAGUGGAAGGACGGCAACGGGGAAAUUGGCACUUCCUUGCAGGGACACACCCGUGUCAUCAGUGAUUUGGACUGGGCGGUGUUUGAGUCAGAUCUACUGGUUACCAGUUCAGUUGACACGUACAUCUACAUCUGGGACAUCAAAGACACCCGAAAACCUACUGUCUCUCUCUCUGCUGUUGCUGGAGCCUCCCAGGUAAAAUGGAAUAAGAAAAAUGCCAACUGCUUGGCAACAAGCCAUGAUGGGAAUGUGCGCAUUUGGGACAAAAGGAAACCAAGCACUGCUGUGGAGUAUCUGGCAGCCCACCUCUCUAAAAUCCACGGCCUGGAUUGGCACCCAGACAAUGAAAACAUUUUGGCCACCUCCAGUCAGGACAAUUCCGUCAGGUUCUGGGACUACCGACAGCCCCGGAAAUACCUCAACAUUUUGGCCUGUCAGGUUCCGGUCUGGAAAGCCAGAUAUACGCCUUUCAGCAAUGGGCUGGUGACGGUGAUGGUGCCCCAACUUCGAAGAGAGAACAGCCUCCUCCUGUGGGAUGUCUGCGACCUCAACACACCAGUUCACACCUUUGUGGGACAUGACGACGUUGUGCUAGAAUUCCAGUGGAGGAAACAGAAGGAAGGGUCAAAGGACUAUCAGCUGGUCACCUGGUCUCGAGAUCAGACCCUUCGGAUGUGGCGAGUGGAUUGUCAGCUACAGCGGUUAUGCUCCAGUGAACUCCUGGAGGGGGUGGAGGAGCUGAUUGAUGGGAUUUCCCUUCUGCCAGAGGCGGACAAGGCCCUGCCGGUCCAAGACACCGAGCCCCAGCAGAACUUCACCCACGGGCAGGAGGAAAUUUUCAAAGAAGAUUCCCAGAAAAUCUUCCUGGUGGGAAAGAAGCUAGACCAGCUGGGGCUGCCUCAGACCUUACAACAGGAGUUCUCUCUGAUCAACGUGCAAAUCCGCAACGUAAAUAUGGAGAUGGACGCCGUCAAUCGGAGCUGCACAGUCUCGGUGCACUGCAGCAACCACCGGGUGAAGAUGUUGGUGAUGUUCCCUGCCCAGUAUCCUAACAACGCUGCCCCCUCUUUCCAGUUUGUCAACCAGACCACGAUCCCUUCCACCAUGAAGGCCAAGUUGUUGAAAAUCUUGAAGGACACUUCCAUGCAGAAAGUGAAACGCAAUCAGUGCUGCCUGGAGCCAUGUCUACGCCAGCUGGUGUCCUGCCUGGAGGCUGUUGUGAACCAGGAGGACACCUCCUCCAGCGACCCCUAUGCGCUCCCAAAUUCUGUAACGCCGCCGUUGCCAACCUUUCCGAGGGUCUCCAACGCCUACGGCUCCUACCAGGAUUCCAAUAUUCCAUUUCCACGAACCUCUGGAGCGAGGUUCUGUGGGGCAGGGUACCUGGUCUACUUCACCAGGCCGAUGACGAUGCACCGCACGGUCUCGCCUACCGAACCAACCCCGCGAUCCUUGUCAGCCCUCUCGGCCUACCACAGCGGCCUCAUCACGCCCAUGAAGAUCCGCACAGAGAACCCUGGCAACCUGCGGCUGUACGGCGGGAGUCCCACGCGUAGUGAAAAGGAGCAGGUCUCCAUCAGUUCCUUCUACUACAAGGAGAGGGUAAGCCCACAGCCGAUGACACGUAGGUCUCUCCUCUUGCAGAAGUCCAGGAGAUGGAAGAGCAAACGUGAGGGGACCGAGGCCAGCAGCCGGCCCAUCAAAGCAGCUGGCAAAGUCAUCAUUCAGGACAUCUCCUGCCUGCUCCCCGUGCAUAAAUCAUUGGGGGAGAUGUAUACACUAAAUGUGGUGGAUAUUCAGGAGACCUGCCAGAAGAACGCAGCCUCAGCCUUGACCGUGGGACGCCGAGACCUCUUGCAGGUUUGGUCCCUGGCCACGGUGGCGACUGAUCUCUGCCUGGAUCCCAACGCUGACCCAGACUUGGAGACCCCCUGGGCCCAGCACCCUUUUGGCCGCCAGCUCCUGGAGUCUCUGUUGGCCCACUAUUGCCAGCUCCACGAUGUGCAGACCUUGGCUAUGCUGUGCAGCGUCUUUGAGACUCAAUCCAGACCUCAGGGAACCCCAAACCUCGCAGGCCUGGCUCCUCAGCACCCCUCCAGCCACAGUCGAUACCCCAGCUUUACCUCCUCUGGCUCUUGUUCCAGCAUGUCAGACCCUGGACUGAGCACCAGCAGCUGGAACAUAGCCAGCAAAGAGAUGGAACACACGCUAGGCUGGACCGAAUCUUCGCCUGACGACUUUCGCCUUGGGAACUUGGCGUAUGCUGAUCCCCGGGACCGAGAGAGAGACCAGCAUGACAGGAACAAAAGGCUCCUGGAUCCGGCCAACACGCAGCAGUUUGACGACUUUAAAAAGUGCUACGGAGAAAUCCUGUAUCGCUGGGGGCUGCGAGAGAAACGUGCUGAAGUCCUCAAGUUUGUUUCCUGCCCCCCCGACCCCCAUAAAGGAAUCGAGUUUGGCGUCUUCUGCAGCUACUGCCGAAGCGAAGUGCGCGGCAUUCAGUGCGCCAUCUGCAAAGGCUUUGCCUUCCAGUGUGCCAUCUGCCACGUGGCCGUGCGGGGCUCUUCCAACUUCUGCCUGACCUGUGGCCACGGAGGGCACACCAGCCACAUGAUGGAAUGGUUCCGCACCCAGGAAGUCUGUCCCACGGGCUGUGGCUGCCACUGCUUGCUGGAGAGCACUUUCUGACAGCCCACCUUCAGGGGCUGACUCGGAUCCCUCCCAGGCCAGGUGAUCUCCAGCUGAGCAGCAAGGAAGGUCCCAGGUGGCUUCCGACAUGGAUGGCCAGGGCACUCUGGGCAGAAGUGAGGUGUGCGGUGGCUGGCGGUUCCCUAACUUUUGGGGAAGGUUCUUCUGUGCUAGCAGAGCGCAAGAGGAGAGACAGCAGAAGCUGAAGGACAGCUUGGUGUGCUGAAAGGUUCACAACAGAGGGAUGGAGUCUCCCCCCCCCCCCCAAAAUAUGCACUGGGAAGCCAAUGUUUCUAGAAGACCUUCUGUUCAGUUACAUUACUGUUGCUUCUUUGGACAAACCUCUUAAGAUCUUGAUACUUAUACGAAGAGAUCGAACAAAUCAUUUUUACCAAGACACAGAAAACUCUUCUGUCUUUGCAGUGUAGGUUGCUUGAAUGAAUUAGCAUGUCCCUGGGGAGAAAGGGAGUCUCCCACUGCAGCAUGGACACCGGGGGCAUUGGGGAGCCUUACCUGUCCUGUGGCAGGUGUUGACUUUCCUCCUCAUCUGCCACGUAAAAUUACCCUUUUUUUCCAGAGAGGUUGAGCUGUAAUUGCUUCGUGGGAAUGGACUCGUUUGACAAACGUGGGAGCAG